AGACGGCAGUAGCAGCAACUGCCAGAGAAGGAAGGGCUGACUCUCAGCCACUCCUGUCAAAAAGGAUUUACAGGAGGCGGUGGGGUGGAGAGAGAGAAAAAGAAAAGAGAGAGAAACUGACUUGGAGAUUUCGCAACUGCGCAGGGGGAAAAAUAUUACCAUGCACGAGGGGGUGUCUCUGCUCCAGGCGAGAAUGGCAUAAAAGCAGAGUUUGGGACUCCCAGUGCAAGAUUCUCUAAUAUGACUGUGAUCGCUUCUGCCCGCUUCCAGGUUUGGGGUUUAAGGUAGCUGCAAAGGCGCAAGGAAUUGCUAUGUGUGCCAGGAUCCUGCUGGUUUUUCUGUCGCUUCAUGGCAUCCUGGGACAAAGUAUCCCACACAGAGGUCCUCAUCCAUCCGUCCCCGAUGUAGAAGGGGACCUCCUCUUCCUGCUGGACAGCUCCGGCAGCGUCUCCUACUACGAAUUCUCCAGAGUCAAGGAGUUCAUUGCCGACCUCCUCCGACCUUUCACCUUUGGCCCCUAUGAUGUCCAGACCAGCGUGGUCCACAUCAGCACCGUCCCGGCCAUGGAGUUCCCGUUCGACCGCUACCUUUCCAGCGGGGCGGUCCAGCACGCUAUCCGGGGCAUCCAACAAGUGAUGGGAGACACCAACACGGGCAAAGCCCUUUCUUUCGCCAAGGAGAAGCUGUUCACGGGAGAAGCCGGCGCCCGGCCUGACGUGCCCAAGGUGCUGCUGUGGAUCACGGAUGGCUUCUCCACAGAUGAUGUCUCCCAACCCAUGCAGCUUCUCAAAGACUUGGGGGUCACGGUUUUCAUCAUCAGCACCGGCCGAGGCAACUACUUGGAGCUUUCGGCUGCGGCCAGCCAGCCGCCAGAGAAACACCUGCAUUUCGUGGAUGUGGACGACCUGCCCAUCAUUAUCAAGGAGCUGAGAGACUCCAUAACAGACGUCAUCCAGGCCAAACGCCUGCGUGCCACAAACAUCUCUUCUAGCACUUUCCGGCUCGUGUGGCCCAAACUUCUCACCCGUGACACCGGAUAUUACGUGCUGGAGUACGCCCCGACUGGACAACCCAGGCGGAAAGUGACCAAACAGCUCACUGGUGAUCACACAACAAUCCUUGUGAGUGACCUCGUGCCUCAAACUACCUACGAGGUCGCCCUCAUUCCUGAGUCCAACGAGAGGUACAUCCCACCGCAGACAACCAGAGUCACCACUUUGGAAGAGGUCAUCAGCCCGGUCCGGGUUCUCAUAUCGGAAUCCAAACCCCACAGCGUCCGGGUCAGCUGGUCCCCAACCCCAGAAAGUGUGGCUUCUUACCAAGUUUUGUACGGACCUCUGCCUGCCAAUUCGGUCAAGUUGGUGGUGGUGGACGGGAGUCUGAACAGCACCGUUCUGGAGAACCUGGCAGCCAACACAACCUACCUGGUGACCGUCUCCGCUAUUUAUAAAUCAGGGAAAGAGAGAGCCCUCUCGGCCAAAGCGUGCACUCAGGAAGAAAACUCCAAAGUGAAGCACCUUCGCUUCGAAGACCUGGGACCCACAACCGUAAAGGCUUCUUGGGACCCUGCGGAUGGCGAGGUCCUCGGCUACCGCGUCAGGUGCCGGCGGCAGGCGGGCCCUUCCAACCUCCUGAGCGUCUCGCCGCAGAUCCACAGUGUCCUGCUGUCCAAUCUGACCGCGGGGAGCACCAACAAAGUGUGCGUCAAGGCGGUGUACAAGAACAUUCCUGGGAAAGGCUUGUGCCGGAUGGUUCACAUGCAGCCGGCCUCGCCGGUGAGAAGUUAUCGACAUCGACCGAGAGCCUGAACACCGUUUGAUCGAGAAGCCCCUCUGCAGAGCGGAGGGAAAGUACGGGAGGAGAUAGAAGAGACGGGGACCCAGACUAGGAGAGGAUCCAACUCCUCCUUAUCUGUUCCCUUCCCCCCCCCCCCCCCAAGAUGCUCCAAAGCACUCUGGCCCCCUCUAGCGGCCGUCCGUUCCUGAAACUUCGCUUGGUGUGAAAAAAAAUCGGCUCUGCGGAGACCAGCCCUGGCCUCCCGAUCUCUUCCUCAUGGCAAAAGACUGGGGAUUCCUGUGACCUUACAAGGACUCUAUUUAUUUGUCUCGGUGUUUUUGUUGUAGCUGAGGAAAGGAGGACAAGGAGUCCCCCCGCUCCAAUAGUCCCGGCCCUUUUCGAGCUUUGAUUCCCGGGCCAUUUGCUGCAAAACAGUUUUUCUUCUGUCGCGUAAACCGGAACUGGGUUGCGUUGCGGUUCGGCGGGAGGGGAGAGUCUCCCAGGCCCGAGGCAGAAGCAUCUGACUCCUUGGGGACCAAGGCCAGCUACAGGUGGCAGCAUUAAAAUAGCAGUUUGUUGUGUCUUUAAAAAAAAACCCGGAGGAAAACGCAGCUUGAGAGCCCAGUCUUUGCUGGCACCUCCUUGCCCUUUUCUUGUAAGCCGGAAUCCCUUUUCCCUCCCAGAUCUUCCUCGACUUUGCCGUGCAAUUUUGACUCGUCGUGGUAACAAUUGCUUCCCCCUGUGCUGUAACGCAACCUCUGGAAUACAGUGAAUUAUACAGGACGACAAAGAGCCCUUGA